AUGAUAGCAAAAAUACCGCUAAGAGUUGCCAGAACUCUACUUCCUAUGAACUAUUCUGGAUUGAGAUUAUACAUUCCGGAAUCGAUAAUAGAGAAAAAUCAUUUAUAUCAACUUAUUGAGAGAGGAAUGAUAUUUGAAACUAUGGUUUUAAAGAGUACACAAUCAAAUUCAGAUUAGACCGAAAUUAACGGAUUUAAGGUCCAAGAUUUGGAAGAUGACUUAAAAUUAGAAUUAAGUAAAACAGUAGAAAAUGUUUAAAUUUUAAUUUGCAUUGAAUGUUUGAAGAAAGAGGAAUCCUUUGAUGAGGAAUAAUAAGAAACUCAGAAAUUUGCUGUAUUAAAUUAGACUGAAACUCUAGUUUAGAAUUUCUAAACUCUUUCCUUGAAUCAUAUUCCUUUUAGUAUUUAUCUAACUAAGGGAAACGGAUUGGUUUCUUGUUACGAGUGCUCAGCCUACAGAAGCAAGAUUCAAAUCAAUAUGGUCUAGAUAAUUGAUGACAUCGAAGAACACAAGCAAAUUCCCAGACAGGAAAGAGGAGUGGCGGAGUAUGUUGGAAGGAAUCAAAUUAUAGAUGAUACUUAAUAAAGGGAAAUGCUAAAUUAUCUUAAGUCCUUUGGAAUAGACUCUGAACUUGCAUAGUUUGUGGAGAACCUACAAAACGAUCGAGAACAGGCUCUGUAUCUGAAAUGGUUAUAAAACAAGCUCAAUUCUCCAUGA